UUAUUAAUUCAUUUUCCCAUAAUUUUGCGAGACAUAUAACGCUCCCACAAAUAUCCAACUCCAACAGGGGUUCCCGGAGAAAUGGAUUUGCGGUUGCCGACUACAACUGCUCUUUUCCGGCCACCAACAACUUCAUAUAUUUUACCUUCUUCAUCAACCUUCUCCUUUCCCUUCUCAUAUUCAAGAAAUGGAUUUCGAUGCUCCAUGACAACAACCUUUACAUCAUCCCCACCACAGAUAAAUGAAACAGAAUUAGAAAACAAGAAAUAUGACUUGUUGAAAGCUGUUCAAGACACUCAGCGUGGACUUACCACUACCCCUAACCAACGCUCGGAAAUUGAAGAGUCUUUGGUGGAUUUGGAGAGUUGUCGAGUGGAUAAUGAACCAAUUGAUUUGGAGAAAUUGGAUGGAACAUGGCGAUUGCAGUAUACAUCUGCCUCUGAUGUUCUUGUUCUUCUUGAUUCUUCCUCUAGACUUCCCUUUUUUCAGGUUGGCCAGAUAUUUCAGAAGUUUGAAUGCAAGGGUAAAGAUAAUGGAGGCUACAUCCGCAAUGUUGUUCGUUGGAGUAUUCCUAGAUUGUUGGAGGACAACGAAGGUGCUACCCUCCUUGUAUCUGCAAAAUUUUCUAUCGUGUCCCGGCGUAACAUCUACCUGCAGUUUGAAGAGAUAUCUCUUCAAAAUAUAAAUAUAAGUGACGAAUUGCAAGCUCUAAUAGCCCCGGCAUUACUGCCACGCUCAUUCUUGACCUUACAGAUAUUGCAAGCAAUUCGUUCUUUUAAAGCUCAAGUUCCAGUGAGUACCACAAGCCCAGGAAGGCAAUCGGUGGGAGGACUUUACUACCUUUCAUAUCUGGACAGGAAUAUGCUUGUGGGUCGAGCGGUGGGAGGUGGUGGUGUAUUUGUAUUUACUCGAGCUCAAAACUUCGUGUAAUUUACCCAUUUUGCCCAUUGUAAUUUGUAUCACCUACCUUAUUCUUAUUACAAUUGUACCAUAAUAUUUCAUUUUGCAAAUACAAAAAUGGAAAUUAGAUUUUUGG